GUUUGAAGAAAACAGCUGUUCCGUCAAUUUUUCAACAUAAAAGUAAAGAACUCAGAACAAAAAUUAAGUGUAAAACUGAGCCUAACAUUGCAAGUAAGUUAAAUUUUUAAUCUUGAUUCUACCCUUUGUAAAGGCAUCAUUGAUUAUAAUGUUGAUAUUGUUAUUCUAACAUUAUUUUUAAAUACGUUUUAAUACUUUUCUCACAGUUCUCAUAUUUGUUUCUAUAAACUGUUCAAACCAUUAUAUUCGGUAAUGUAAUUUUAAGUGACAUAUCGAUCAUAACUAUACCAACGUUUUUGAGAGAUAAAGUUUAGGGUCUAAAGAAAAAAAACGUUGUAUUUUUCAAUACCUACGCUUCUAAUACUGUUCAAGACGGAUCGUUCCUUUUAAUAGUGGCGUCAACUGUUAAGAACUUGUUUUCAUUGUAAUGUAAAUAAGUCGUUAUUUCUAUUCAAGCUUGUUACCCUACACAGCAACUUCGUAUCUAUUGGAUAAUUGGAUAUUCAAUAAUUACUCUCGGUUUUCAGUUUUUAGUUUUUAAUAACUAAGUGGUCAGAAAUGUAUUAAAGUUUCUUUCAUGAUGAUACAGUGAAGAUAUCAAGUGAAUAAAGUUCGAAGUUAAAAAUGGGGACAAAUAAGAAAGACUUAUGGUUUGACGCUGAGGGCAAACUUUGUUUCCUGUGGUUAUUAUAAUAUAAAUAAAUAUACAAAUAAUAUCAUGAGUAACACAGUCGAAUAAAAAGGAUUAUUAAUAAUGACAUGAUUUUGUAUUGUAUUUUGACAUUUCGUGGUAAUGAGAGAAGAGGAAAAUAAACACAUGCUGAUUCAUGUCCUCGAUCGCAGCGACCCUCGUGGCGAGCCGUGAGACUGUAAUCCAGACUAUCUACUACAGAUUAUUAAAAGAUUUUUUUUUCAAAUUCAAAUCGUUUAUUGCGAAUAUUGGUCAAGUUUUGAUGUUACAGUAGAUGAUUAAAAAGCUGUUUCUGAAAUUCUGAAUUUUUUUUGAGAUUCUGAUUACCCUACUGCACAAUGACCUAGUUUAUAAUAAUAUAUUGCUUUUCUUCAUAACAACAAAAUAAAUAAAAUUGACUAAACGGGGUGAUUUAUGCGUGUGGCAAUUUAUUUUUCUUUAUGUCAUCGCUGAUAUGUCAAUUGUCAAAUAAAUGUCAUUGUCGUCUUUUGGGUUUAUUUAUUCGUGUAUUGUUUGUACUCUAUCAGGGAACUUAUUGUACUUGUUAUCUAAAUAAUAGUUGGUUAAACAUGGUUAAAUUGAAUCUCAGUGCAUUUGUGACAUAAACAACGUUUAAUCAGUUAGCGGUGUUCUUGGUGUUUAGUUAUAAAAUGCCGCAAAAACGUAAGUGUUAUUAUUAUAUGUGCCAAAACACGAGUGAUGACGGUUUGCCAGCCUUUCGCUUUCCGGUGGAUGAUCCAGAUCGACUGCAAAAGUGGAUUUCGAAUUCAGGGAAUGCACUCUUAAAAUCGCUACCGAAGGAGACACUAAGGCACAGAUACAUCUGCGUAAUGCAUUUUCAGCAUCAUGAUUUUAGUGAAGGGUUCGAGAGAUGCAAGUUGAUUGGAAAAGCAGUGCCAAUGCCUUGUUGGCAGAAUAAUGACCCUAGUGAUGAUCAUACAUCUCUUGUUUCUAAUGUGGAUCUUGAACCGGAAAUGAAGGUAAAGGAAGAAAUUAAGGAUAUACUUGAAAACACAACACAUCCAGCCCAACCACAGAAUGAAUCUCAAGAAGGUAAUACAUCAUUUCGAGACAAGUCGCAGAGGUUGAGGAACAAAAAAGCUUUCUUGGCGAAACGGUCUAAAUGUACAGUACCACAGUGUAAAGGAGAAGUUUCCAGUGAAAUAUCCUUACAUCUUUGCCCUAAUAACCCAGCCGUGAGAAAUGAAUGGGCCGAAGCAUUCAAUGUUACAUACUCUUAUGUUAAAUCUUUGAUUGCGUGCAGUCAACACUUCACCAAACUGGAUUUUAUUCAGUCAAAAACUUCUGAGCGUGUAUUGAAACAUAAUGCAGUGCCCUCUCGUAAUCUACCUAAAAAAGGCGCAGAUAUAAAACACAACUGUGUAAAAAAGUUUGUUCCUAGCCCAGUUAAAAGAAGUUGUUUUCAGAAGCAGAUAAUGAUCAAUAAUGCAAGCGGUAAAGAUCCACCGGAGGAAAAAGAAGAGAAGGUGUUACAGGAAUGUCGGGCUUGUUUGAAGAAGUUAAAUGAUAAACAAAGUGUUUGCAAUGUAUUCCAGCCGUGGGCUCUACCCUGGAAAGGAAUGGAGCCUACCAUUGCUGAUGAUUUGGCUAAAUUAGCCAACAUUGAGGUAUCACAGACAGACAGACAUACAAAAGUCUUAUGUGAACCAUGUUACCAUAAGUUACGAGAUGCAGCAAUAUUUGCCGCCGCAGUGAGGAACUGUGACCUGAUACUCCGAAUGAGGUUCACAGCAGAGAUAGAUAUGGAGAAAGUAUGGCCGAAACCCAUUCAAGUGGAUAAAAACUUAAACGGGUCUGUAUAUAGUAAUCCGAUGGAUGUUGAAAUCAAGCAGGAAGUGGUUACGGAUGAUGAAUAUCCUGUUAAUGGACCAGAAAACCCAUAUGUUGAGACUGAACUAGCCAAUCUGGAUAUUAAAAUUGAACCUGAAGAGUUUGUGGAACCUCCACCUCUGAAUAUCACUAUAAAUGGUACAAUAUCACUAGAUCCAUUGAAUUCUGAGAACAGAGAACUUAUGAAUGGACCACACACUUUAACACAGGAACCAACUGAAUUUAUAGAAAUGACGGUGAAACAAGAGCCCCCUAGUGAAGGGGAGCAGGAGUUGGAGCUGGCACCGGACCUGUCACUCGAGUGCAUGCUUUGUGCCAAGCCAUUCCACAGUGUCACUGGACUUAAGGCGCACGUGAUAGCCCAUCAUUCCUACAAGUCUGUGAAAAGGAAAUCGGACGGCAGUGUCUCGCCCGAGAAGAAACGGUUUGAUAAAUACAGAUGUGGCAUUUGUCAUACAGGAUUCUCAACCUCUACAGAUCUGAUGGUACAUGAGACCUGCCACAAUAAGUAUGCAUGUUACGCCUGUUCGAGGAAGUUCGACUCGUUCCCACUGCUCACUCGCCAUCGCAAGCGGUGUAAAGCUACCGUCUCCAACUCUAUACAGAAGCUUAAAACUUUAGAAGAUGUAAAAAGACCAGCAGUAGAUGACAUAUUGAAAGACUUCGAAGAUGGAGUCACGAUAGAUGAACUGGAAGCUGAAGUAGAUCCACCAUUGUCAACAGAAAACCAAGAGAUCAUACAAGAACAAGACAACACAAUAGACAACUCACAAGAUAAUUCAGAAAUAGGAGAAGACCAAUUAACAGAAGGACAAAAUGAACAGGACACAAAAGGACAAUCAGAAAUAACGAAUGAAGAUGUUGAAAUGAAGGAAUUGGAUAGUAAUACGGAAGAUUCCAGUGAAGAUAAACAAAAACUUAGUGUUGAAAAUGAAUUACAAAAACUAUUUGAGUCAAGUGAAACAGAAGGUGAUGUUCAAAAUGAGAGUGAUGCGAAUGUAGACAGUAAUAAGAAUAUCAAUGAAAGUGAAAGUGAUGUACAAUCAGAAGUUACAAACAAAGGUGAUGAAGACCCAGAUAGUAUGAAACUCCAUUUAGAAAUACACUCAGCCAAUAAAGAGACUGAACCUUCAGUGAAUGACAUUGAUACAACGGCAGAAACCAUGAAAAAUGAUGACUGUACUUAAGUUGUUCAUCACAGAUUGUUGGUAAGAGUUAUGGAAGUACUAUGAACUAAUCACAUUUGACCCACCUAUUGAUUGUAUUAAAAAUAUUUCAAUUUGUAAAUGGCAAAUUCCUUUGAAGAGCGGCCUUUACAUCAUCAAGGUGAUUGCUGAUGAUAUCAAAUUCUGUGAUUUUAAAUUCAGACAAAUUAUAUGUAAACAUACUAAAUUAACUAAAAAUCGCGUGGUCUCACGUGAAUAUACUGAGAAAAGCUCUACUAGUUUUGAACCACAGAGGGGUUCUUUUCACUGGGGGUCCUAGUAUGGUGUGUAAGGUUGUGAAACUUCAACUUGACCUUAAAAAGGUCCUAUCCUCCUACUCAAAAAAGGCUGGCAACCCACCUUAAGCUCCUUUGGUGUGGGUGUCCACUGUCCAUGAUUUUCAUGGUAGGCGUUGAUUGCUUAUUUUUAUUAUUGCUCGGUGAUCCAUUUGCUCGUAUGCACCUCAUACAAUAGAUAUCUCAUAAGAUAUCUGAUUUAUUUCUGCCAGAAUGACGUCAAUGAGUUAGAUUUAAUAGCAAUUUAUUAAAUUCAAGAAUUUGGGUAACGGUAAUAUGCAGUGAAUAGGGAUUGAGAGGUCAGUAGGGACAAGAGGGGUGAAUGGAUAUUAUGAAGAAUUUUAUUCACCCCUCUUCUUUCUCUGCUCAUCUCUAGGUUUUCGAAUUGUUAAUGUUAUGGAAGAUAUCACGUUAGAUGGCAGUGUAAUCUAUGUUUUUUUGUAUUUCUCUUAAAUCUAAACAGAUUCUUUACAGAUCAAAAUUUUUCAUACAAUUUAAUUUAUGGUGUAUAAGGUAGCAUGUCCAACGAAUAUUUUAAGUUUUUAUCGGAACAAAAUUUUAACCACAUUAUUUGUGAGCAAUUCAAUGAUACUUGUCAUUUUAUUUAAACUUUUUAAUGUUGAACUAUAAUGAAUUCAUUUUUAUAAGCAAGCAAGUAGAGUAAUCUGGGUGAAUAGAGACAAAUUGACAGGCAUUGAUUUUAUAAAGGUCUAUAAAAAAAGUUAAUAAAUAUAAUUACAAUUAUUUACACCUACGUAUUUCUAAAUUUGUCACUGUAAGAGCUCAUCGUUCGAUUGAUAAAAUUGACGUGUAAUAGUGAUGCCUUGUUGUCUAUUUGCAGAAAUAAAUUCACUUAUUUCACUUACUCACAAAUAUAAAUUGUAUUUGCAAUAUUUGUCUCUUAGUUUUUAUAGUACACUUGGCCUAAUUUCGACUAUAUAACUAUGAACUGAUUUAUUUAAUAAAAUAAUUAUAUCCAUGUACAAUCGACAAAUUGCAAUUAUGGUCCACUCUAAGCUUAUUUUCUAUUAAUACAGUUAGAUCGUCAUUCGAAUUAAAUUUUGUACCUUUUGUUACCUUUGAUUUCUUGUAUGGCCGCUUUUUACCCGACUGCCAAAGAAGGAGGGUAAUGUUUUUCGAGUGUAUGUAAGUAUGUAUGUAUGUCUUUUCCU